UGUGCGGAUGAAGUGGCUGCCGAGCACGCGGGUGCCGAGGCACUGGUGCACUACGGCCCAGCCUGCCUCAGCCCCUGCGGAAGGCUGCCAGUGCUGCGCAUCUUCGGACGGCCGGAGCGCUGUGCGGGGGCCUUCCGGGAGCUCUACCCUGACCGGCAGAGCCACGUGGUGGUGCUGAGUGAUGUGGUCUAUGCCCAUGCGAUGGGGGAGUUGGAGCAGCAGUUGUGCCAGGAGUACCCCAACGUUGUCUUCUCCAGGGUCGUGUGCGGGGACCCUCCCAGGCCAGCGCUGCCUGGGGAAGUGCAGCAGUUUGGCCGUCAGUUCUCCGUGGAGGCACCGGGAGGGCUGCAGGACUGCUCCAUGUUCUACGUGGGAGCUGAGGGCCUGGCCCUCACCAGCUUCAUGCUCACCUGGAACUGCUGCCCCUUCAGCUCUUUUGACCCUGCCACUGGCUGUGGCCGCCUGGCGGGGGGGAAGCCAAACCCCGCCAAGCUGGCCAACUUCUUGGAAGUGGACGUCUUCGUCCUGGUGGCCUGCGCUCAGAACUCCCUGCUGGACUCCAGCGACUUCUACCGGCCCAUAGUGACCCCCUAUGAGCUGGAGCUGGCCUGUAACCCGGCUCGGGAAUGGACUGGGAGCUACCUCACUGACUUCCGAGACCUGCUGCCAGGUAACGGCUGGGAACCAGCUGUGGGGAGCAGGAGGUGCUGCCCUGCUCCCAUCCCUACUGGCUGUGGUCACCCAGCUCAGUGCUGGUGGCAGGGUGGGCGUGAACUCCGGGCUAACACUACUGUUUCCUGCUCCCUCCUCUCUCCCCUCCCAGCCUCCUUCCUGGAGUCCCGCAGCUGGCAGGGCCUGGAGCAGCAGCUGGGGAAGACACCCAUUUCCAAGGCCGUGCAGGGCCGGCGAGGGAUUGCCAUCGCCUACGAGGAUGAGGGCCGCGAGGAACCCUGAUGCUGCAGCAGCGUGGGCACCCGUCCAGGAGCAGGGCAGUGCCACAUGGAAGGUCCUGGACCUGUCCUGAUGUAGGGUGUUGGACCUGCGAGGAUCUAAGGAGGGUCUGGACUUUGUUCCAGGUAGGGCAGGGAAGCUGCCUCCAGCUGGCCCUGUGCUGGCUGCAGCCCUGGAGCCUGUAGCACCCCAGUGGGGGAGAGCAGGAGGUGCACGUGCGUUCAGUGACGCCCACAGCAUGCUGGGGACCACAGCCAGGGCAGCAGCAGGGCUGAGACAAGGCGCUUGGCCCAGACCUGGCCUCCAGGGGCUCACUCCAUCACCUAGUCAAUAGGAGUUUCGGCACUACUGGGAAGAAGGCACAAGUCUCGCACUGAGCUGUCAGGGCCAGGAGUUGGGGCUUCUCUGGUUAUUAUUAUUAACUAAAGCUGAACUAAAAGGAGCAUUGUUAUGCGUGAACUGUCUUCUAGCAUAAAACAUGGGCUGAAGAAUGCAGACUUGGGGUGAUAUCAGAGGUCCAGGGUGAAAACACAGAUCACAGCACUUGCCACAGGAGUGCAGCCUUAUGAAUUAGGUAAAACCAGUCGAAGAGAACAGAAAGAGUAAUUGGGAACCCCUGAAAAGAGAGAGCCCACUAGCAUAUCCUGCUAAGAAACUAAAGCAGAUUACAUAGAGGGGGCUGCAGGUGUGAACAAGCCCCCAGCUGCUGUGAUGAACAGGACUGGGGUACAUCCAGUCAGUGCUGCAGGGAGGCUCCCAUGUGCAAAGGGACGGGAGUCUGUGGCCCUGCCUGUGGGGCAGAACUGCUUCUGCUUACUCCUCCAGUCUGCAUUUGGCCCAUGCGCCUCAUGUGCCCACUGGCGCCUCCUGCAGGGCUAGCAGCCAGAGCCAGCACUGCAGGCAGGGCACAGCCACCAGCUCCGGGUAGCUCCUGCCUCCUCACCUUGCCUGGUGCAGGCUAGCGCACCCCAGAGGAAGCAAUGCACGGCUAGGGCAGGCAGCUGCUGGUGCUAGUCCUGGUCCUGCAAUCCCCUGUCUUGCUUCUGGACCCCUGAGGGAGAGCUGCUGACAAGGGUGGGCCUAAGGAAAGAGUUAAGAGUUCCCUGUCCCUUGUGCUUUAUAACCCCAAGGAGGAGGAUGGACCUGUCCUAGGCCGAACCAGCCUGCAGCAGGGACAGCACCUCAGCUGAGGGAGCUGUGUCUACAACCCCACACCAGAGCCCAGCUGCAGGGCAGCCUGAGCAGAAGGACAUCCCUGGGCAGCACAGUCUGCUCCUGUCUGCUCCCUACAGGAGCAGAGCACAGGCCCUGGAGAGCAGUGCCCUCUCUGCCCUCC